GAAAAGAACGACGGAGAGGGAGGAAAAAAUUAAAAAACAAAAACGAAUAAGGGUUAGGGCUUACCUUGCCAGAGUAGAGAGAGAGAGAGAGGGAAGGAGACGCUGAGAGAGGGAGAAGGAGCCGUUUUGUCAAAGCAGUACUAUUGAGGCUGCACAUACAAAGAAAUGGCAAUGAGCUGCAGCAGAUUAUUGAGACGAAUCAUCAUCACAAAGGAGACCGUUGGGGUAGUGGGCCGCAGAUCAUUUGCUAUGGCAGGCGGUAAAGCAAAGAAGGGUCCAAAAGGAGGCAGUGCUGCUGAUGCUCCAAAGGCUUCAACACUCAGCAAAGAAGUCAAGUCCACCACGGUAGUCGGUGCCAAUAUCCUCAAGGAUGGCACGGAUCCCAAGAUCAUGGCAGAUUCUGACUACCCAGACUGGUUGUGGCACCUGAUCGACAAGCGGCCCCCAUUGAGUGAACUGCGGAGGAAGAAUGUGGAAACUCUCCCCUAUGAAGACCUCAGACGCUUUGUUAAACUGGACAACCGUGCACGAAUAAAAGAAAACAACUCUAUCAAGGCCAAGAACUGAUGAUAAAAAUGCACCCUCACUCCCACUCACAAUGGGAUGGUUAAAGACUUGGUGUCAAGUCUUUGAGUUGACUGGAUGCAGCAAGACAUUGAGCUGUGUUUAAGUUUUUGAAUUAGGAUAGCUACUGCGCCAUACCCAUAUUGAAUUUGAAAUGGGAAACUAUACCUAUACACACUAGG